AUGGACUCUUCAGUCAAUAUGGGCUCUGGAAACAAGAGAUUGUCCUUGCGAAGGUCCAUUGUAGGAUCCAUCAAACGAUCUUUGUCACCUCUUUCAAGAAAGUCCGACUCUCCAACUGUAUCUCAAACCAGUUGUGAUUCUGCUGAAAACACUCCAGAUACUUUGUCUUUUCAGAAAGGUCUCCUCCUACAGACUCACGAGCCAUCCAUGUCCACAUCCACAUCCAGCAGAUUCAAGAAGUCCAACUCUUUAUCUCCCAACCAUCAUCAUUUCACCGAAUCUGCUGAAGAUUCAUCUUCACAGAAAAGUCAACCAUCUUCAAAUCAUGUAUCACCAACAACUAGCAAGAUUUCGAAACCCAACUCUCUUCCACCUAGCAAUCGAGCCUCUUUGCAAUCUACGCAAGAUGUUCCGACUUUAAAUAAAACACUUCAAACUCAUGCAGGAUCCACUGCCAGCCGACUUAGAAAAUCCCUUUCUACUUCUUUCUGUACUGAUAAUAAACAUUCUGUCCAAGCUCUUAAGGAUAUACCAGCACACGAAAACAAUCCGGUGCUCCCGACACAAACAACACCUUCAGCUAGCUUGCGCCUUCCCAAGAAGAUCUAUUUUUCCUCAAGAACCCCUAGUCAUCGAUCUUCCAUCCAGUCGAUACAGGAACUUCCAUCACCAGAGAAGAAUGUAUCGCUUCCAGCUAGGGCAUCAUCCACAUCCGGCCGAUAUUCUACAGGAGUGCGGCUAUCAUCGAUUCUCAAUCAAACAACCACAAAAUCCGACCAAUCUACUCCACCUACCAAGCGAUCAUCAAUAGUUUCAUUUCAAAUUCCUGAAGGCGUCCAUGCUAACUCUCCACAGAAUGAUUUGUUAUUAGCAAUCAAGUCUUCAUCAAACGCAAGCAAGUCGAAUCGCUCGAGCUGGUUCUCAGUAUCUCGUACCUCGUCUACUAAAAGCCGAAAACAGUCUCACCUUACCGCACUUCAGCGUUUGACAUCAGGCACCGGCAGAGAAACCACAUUAUCUCAACGACAAUAUGAUGCGACUGAAGCCAAAGAGACUACACUUCCUUGGGACCCACCUUUCGAUAGAAAUUGUGACCUUAUGGCUGAUGAUGGCAUACCUAGUGAUAUGAAUGAGCUUUUCGAGCACUGUGUUCCACCACGGCUUGACAACGGUUUCCCGCCAUUAUUCAACCUACCUAUAAAAGUUCGCCGCAAGAUAUAUUCUUACUGUUUACCUGACAGCAAAGAUAUCACGGUAUCCCUAUCGCCUCAUUUUGCUACCAAGAAUUGCUACCAUGGAUAUUACUUCACGUCACCAUGGGAUGUCCUUGAACCCGUUGCUGGUGGACUGGCAUCUUUCAGCCUCAUGAGGAAUGACUUGAUGACUUACUUCUGGACCGAGUAUCAAUUUCAUGCUACUUUAAUACCAUUCUGUAAUUCUCUUUUCACUCCACUCACGAGCGUUUGGUUGCUCAACUUUCUGGAUAGGAUUCAGCACCUUACAAUUGAAAUUGAUCUUACUAGAUUUGGUGGCAACGCGCUCAAAUUUGCUAGACGAUUUGGUUACAAUAUGGAGAAAAUGGAAAAUCUUCUUUCUGUUGUUAUUGAUGGAUUAAUGGGGCGACGUGGCAAAAUGGCCGAACUCAUUGUAUUAUGUCGACGUUUCAGUGGAAACCGGCGAGUUGAUGAAAAUGAUCCCACUUGGAAAGCAGAAGAUGUUUUCGAAUAUUUCCCGAAGGAAGCUAUGCAAUUCUGCGAUGCAAUUAUAAAUCUUCGUGGCACUGUCAAAUCCGUCAGAAUUGCCGGAUUUCCUCUAGACUAUACCAAGACUUUACUUAAAUCUAUGUUCGGCCAGGGAGAAGAUUUACGGCAAUAUGUUACACCAAAUCGAUCUGCCUGGCCACCAUGCCCUCAACUAUAUGCGGGGCCAAGACACGCUGCAAAUCUAUAUGCUGCUUCCAUAUAUCCAAUGUCACCAGAACUCCCCGACUAUCGAGAUAGCCUCAAUACGCAGUGGCAGUACGAGGCAUCCAUGUAUUCUGGUGAACGUCCUGGGGAAGAUGAUGACAGCCUAGCGAGACCAGAUACUUCUCUCUCUGUUACGACAGUUGGAGAUCACGUCAAAUUAUAUCAAGAUCUUUCACCACCAACCGUUUCACUUGGCAGCUCUUCUGGCUCCGUGGAACCUGUAUCAGACUUGAUCGAGAUACCUUCCAAGAAUGCUGCAAUUACUCAAGCAGUAAUGGCAGCAGUAGAUCGCAACAAUUUGAAACGACGUAGCAAAAAGCCCAAUCCACGAAACUCCAGAGAUUUUAGUCCUGGACACUUCUAUCAUCAAGCAAGAGCUGAGCCCGAAUCCGAUUUGUUUAGCCAAGAAGGACAACAGACAUUGUACUCUGACACAACGAAUCAAAUACGACAAGCAUCAAAUAACAAGAGGGCCAGUCAAAAAGCAAAUUGGUCAGACACUCAUUCAUCCACACCGAGUAGCCAUCGAUCAGUCUCCGACGAGAAAGAAAAGCCUUUGCCGAAAACCCCAAAUCCGUUAAGCAAAAGAAAAUCACAAUUUAGCGAAAGACAAAUGCCGGAUAUUCCUGAGAGUCCUAUAAAUCCAAAUCGUAUUCUCUCUCCUACUCCACUUCCAGCGAUUAGAUCGGGCACACUUAAGCCAUCCAACGAUCGCCACUUAACUCGCAUCCAUUCGCAUAUUUUCACAUCUGAAAAUAUUGAAAGCUCUAACAAGGACCCGUCACCCUCAACUUCAUCCCUGGUUUCCGAAUCAGAGACGGUUGCAAUCGCGAAUGACAGGAUUAUUGCCCGCACCCUUCCGAGAACAAGCACAUCGGAAGUCCCGAACUAUAACAAGAGUAUUGUCCGCACCCCCUCGUUAACAAGCAAAUCGGAAGUCCCAAAAGAUAACAAGAGUAUUGUCCGCACCCCUCCGAGAACAAGCAAAUCGGAAGUCCCGAAAUAUGACAACGGUCCUAGUUCAUCUCGCUCUUCUCUAAAACCUUCCACCCAUGACACCCCACCGGUUCUCAAGAAGACCGUCGACCGCAGCAUACUCCGUACCCCAUCACCAAAAGCAAGAACAGUAGUAGCCACAUCUCCCAAUACAUUAAAUGACAUCAACGAACGAGAUCCCGCCUAUCUUCGAAGCAUCCGAGCUCUUCGAUCCGCUUCUAAUUCAACAGAAAGUAUCAUUAGAGCUCCAGCUAAAGUAGUACUCCGACCAACAUCUCUGAAGUAUCCGGCAAUUCAUACAAAUACAGCUCCUGCGGCUCCACAGAGAAGUUCCACGGGUGCGGAACAGUCAAAAAAGAAGAGUGCGACGGAGCAAAGUGGUAAUUCUGGCGAGUGGAGUUCGAAGAGGAUGAGGUUUCUGGAUAUGAUGUCAAGACGAAAGGGUUGA